CAUUUCCAGCUCGGACCUGGGCUCCGCUCGCUCACCGGCGCGCUCGCUCGGCUCCCGGCGGGGGCCGCGGGUUCGGUCCGGCCGUCGGUGCGCUCCCGACUGUCCUCCCGCCCGGGACUCCGGGUCCCCGCGGGCGGCCGCGCAAGAUGAAGCUGGCUCUGCUUCUGCCCUGGGCGUGCUGCUGCCUCUGCGGGUCGGCGCUGGCCACCGGCUUCCUCUACCCCUUCCCGGCCGCAGCCCUGCAGCACCACGGCUAUCCUGAGCAGGGCUCCGGCUCUCCCGGCAGCGGCUACGGGAGCCGCCGGCACUGGUGCCAUCACACGGUGACACGGACGGUGUCCUGCCAGGUGCAGAACGGCUCAGAGACAGUGGUCCAGCGCGUGUACCAGAGCUGCCGGUGGCCCGGGCCCUGCGCCAACCUCGUGAGUUACAGGACUCUGAUCAGACCCACGUACAGAGUGUCCUACCGCACUGUGACGGCGCUGGAGUGGAGGUGCUGCCCUGGCUUUACCGGGAGCAACUGUGACGAGGAAUGCAUGAACUGUACCCGGCUCAGUGACAUGAGUGACCGGCUGACCACGCUGGAGGCCAAGGUUCUCCUUCUGGAAGCAGCAGAGCGGCCCUCGGGCCCGGACAAUGACCUGCCGACCCCCCAGAGCACCCCACCGCCCUGGAACGAGGAUUUUCUCCCUGACGCCCUCCCUCUCGCCCACCCUGGGCCCCAAAGGAGAAGGCCCACAGGCCCGGCCGGGCCCCCGGGACAGACGGGACCACCAGGGCCUGCAGGUCCCCCAGGCUCCAAAGGUGACCGGGGCCAGGCAGGAGAGAAGGGCCCAGCAGGUCCUCCUGGCCUCUUGGGGCCGCCAGGGCCCCGUGGGCUUCCUGGAGAGAUGGGGCGCCCCGGCCCCCCCGGCGCCCCCGGCCCAGCAGGCAGCCCAGGCCUCCCUCCAAACGGCCCCCAAGGCGUCCUCUACUCCCUGCAGCCACCGACAGACAAGGACAAUGCAGACGCGCAGCUGGCCUCUGCCGCCGUGGACACGGUGCUGGCGGGCGUCCCAGGGCCCCGGGGCCCCCCCGGCCCUCCAGGUCCCCCUGGACCACACGGUCCCCCUGGACCCCCAGGUGCACCAGGAUCCCAGGGCCUGGCUGGAGAGCGGGGCGUGACAGGGCCGCCUGGCGAGCCUGGUGGGAAGGGGGAAGAGGAGGAGAAAGCUACCGCUGAGGGCGAGGGGGUGCAGCAGCUGCGGGAGGCGCUGAAGAUCCUGGCUGAGAGGGUCCUCAUCCUGGAGCACAUGAUUGGGAUCCACGAUCCCCUGGCCUCCCCUGAUGGGGGCUCCGGCCAGGACGCCGCUCUGAGAGCCAACCUCAAGAUGAAGCGUGGUGGCCCCCCACCCGAUGGCUCCCUGGCUGCCCUGCUUGGCCCCAACCCUGGGCAGAGGAGCGCUGGCCGGGCCAGCGGCAGGAAGUAAGAGGCCAGUGCUCCAGGACAAGCCCCGACUCCGCCAGAGACCCAGCCCCGGGGCCUGUGCUGCCACUGGCACCUGAGGACACCCCGAGUGGGACCGGGCUCCAGGCCUGGACGAUCGUCAGGGACACUGGCUCCUGGGGGCUGGGGGCCUUGGGGACAGAUGGCAGCUCCAGGGGCAGGGGCCAGAGGCCAGAGCCCUGCUCUGGUCCCUUCCCUCCUCACCCGCACUCCCUGCUGGAGACGGGGUCUGGUGGGCUGGGUGGGCUGUGAGAAUAGUCAUAAUACUCAUCUUUUACUGGGUCCCUGCAUCGUUUGGGCCUGUCCGAGGAGCUUCCCUACAUUGUCUCAUUUAACCCUUAGGAGGUAGGCUUGUUACCCCGACUUUACACAGGGGACAGAGGCUUGGAGAGGGUAACUCACCUGCCCAAGGCCCCCGGACCAUGGAUGGCUGGGGCAGGGUUUGACCCCAUGUUCCCUCUACCCUGCCAGCUUCCCCUCUGCACGGGGAAACUCAGGGCGGGUGUCGGGCCGGGUGGCUCCUGAGGCUCCAGCUGGGAAGGAGGGCAGGGCCCUGCCCAGCACGAGACAGCGGGGGCCCUGGGCCUCCUUCCUCGACUCCCCUCCCUGGGCUCGGGGUCUGCUCCACGGGUUGGGGAGCAGCUUGGCCUGUAGCUGCUCUCGGAGGCCAGGGAGACCUUGAAUAAACCCAUAAUAGUCACGUGGACUUGGAGACCGUGAGAGAGGAGCGUUGGGGUGCAAGGACCCUCAAACCGAAUUGGCAUUGCCCACUGCUGCAUCCCAAUCUCUCUGACCCCACCCACCCUGCCAGGGCCUCCCACCGCUGAGCUGGGAGGAGGGAGGAUUUAAUGCAAAUGUGCACCCUCCAGGGGCCAUCCCUGCAGCCCUGCCCUCUCCCAGGCUCUCUGGGAAGCUGCAGGGUUGGCCACUUCUGCGUUACACGGCAAGUCCUAUGUCCCAAGGAGGAGGAGGGAUUGCUGCCUGAUUCCCAGGCUCUGCUGGGGAGAGAUGCUCCCGCCCUCGGCGCUGUGGUCCCAGCCAGGCUCCGCAGCAGACACCCAGGUCCCCGGUGCCCCAGAGCAGCUCUCAAGGCCACAGCGCUCGAGGCCUCUCCCUGUGCCCUGGACUGGCCCUGGUGCUCCUCUCUCGCUGUCUCAGCGACGGCCGCAAACUCAGACAUUCACAGGUGCUGGCACCGCCCCAGGUGCGUCUCCCCUCGUGGCAGGAGCGACUCGUCCCCACUGCCCUUGGUGCGCCUGGGAGGCUGUGGCCUGGUCCCUCUGGGCCCUGGUAACCUCUCCCUGCCCUUGAGGCCUCGACUGCCCCCUUGAGGCAGGGCUGGCCGUGUGGGAGCCAAGACGUGGCUUCCUGCAGGCCUGUCUUCACGGAGGGGUGGUCAGAGGCGGCGGGAAGCCUGUAACCCUCUGACAAUAAAGGUGCUCUCCCCGC